AUGCAUCUUCUUCUGUUUCUCGCGACCGUUGCUGGCGCAUUGUCGACCAGAAGCACCACGGAAGGGGUGUACCGACAGCCCAAGACCAAGUCUGUCCUCACGAUCAACAUUGAGAUCGGCGGGGCUCCGGCAAACACAACCACGUUCGACGGUCUCAUCUCUGUGAUCCCCAUCCGCGGCGGCGCGGUCAAGGGAAAGUUCUUUAACGGGAACCUUGUGGCGAACCUCUCCUCCUCCACUGAGAGGGUCUUGCCUGGCUCCGGCGGCACGAAGACUGAGGUAGAGACUCGGUGGGUUCUCGAGGACAAGAACGGCCAACGCAUCCUGGCCAACAUGCAUGGCAUGACGACGUACGCCAACGAAGCGUUGCAUGGAUUCGGGGUCGCGCGCCUGAUGACGGAUGUCGCCCAGUACUCGUGGGUGAGCUGGGAGACGUUUCUCGUCGAGUGGACGGGCGAAUAUUACACGGGCACCGCAGAGUUUGAGAUCUUUUCAAUCGCCAGUGGCGGACGCAAGGACGGCAAACCGAUCAAGGCGUUGCUUCCGCCCGGAAAGGGAAAGUAA